AUGACGCACAUCUCUAGCGCAGGUUCAUCGCUAGGAAAACAAAUAUGGCGGAACGCAAAUGCAAAGAAAAAUAAAAAAAAUAACUUUAAUUCGCAAUCGCAAGUAUAAUUGUAACGCGUACAAUGUGCAAUUAUUACGCGUAGUUAAAAUAAGGGCGUUAAUUGUGCGCUCAUCGGUGUAUGUAUCUGGGUUGCCAUGCGAUUUGCACAGUCAACACAAAUACAAAUUGUUAUUACGUGACCUCGAGAACGCCGCUAAAAUUGAAUUGCAUAGAACCGUGACAAAAAACUGUUUUAAUUUUGUGUUGUAAAAACAAACAGACGUAACUCUGCAAUUGUUAAAUGUGUCACUAAGAUGCUAAAUUGAUUAUAUGUAUGCGAGUGAAGAUACAAUAAGGAAUAACGUUGAAUAAAUAGCAAUUAAAAGGACACGAAUUAUGUCUGGGGGACGCGACAGCAGCGCCAACAGCGGCACCAAUGGCAACAGCGCUGCCAACGCCAACGCCAACUCGACGUCCACAACAACAGCAGCAACAACAACAACAACACCACAGACACCGACACAGCAGAGAGCGCGGGGUCGUCCAGCGAAGCGGGCAACGUGCACGUGGUGCGGGGAGGGAAAGCUGCCACUGCAGUACGUGCUGCCCACACAGACGGGCAAGAAGGAGUUCUGCUCGGAAAUGUGCAUCGUGGAGUACCGCAAGGCGUACAGCAAGGGGGCGUGUACGCAAUGCGACAAUGUGAUACGCGAGGGUGCGCCCAACAAAGAAUUCUGCUCCAUGAUGUGCAUGAACAAGCACCAAAAGAAGAACGGUUCAAUGCGACAACGCGACAGCGGCGCCGGCGGUGCAGGCGCUGGUGGUGCCACAGACUCUGAUCGCAAGCUGUUGAGCAGCGGAGCGCCGGCGCCCACAGGUCCCUUUCAAUACGAGAGCUUCCAUGUCUUUGACUGGGAUGCCUAUCUGGAGGAAACUGGAAGUGAAGCAGCUCCCGCCGAGUGCUUCAAGCAGGCGUUAAAUCCGCCGAACAAUGACUUCAAGAUCGGCAUGAAACUUGAGGCAUUGGAUCCCCGUAAUGUCACCUCCACCUGCAUUGCGACGGUGGUCGGUGUCCUUGGCUCUCGGCUGCGACUGCGCCUCGAUGGCAGCGAUUCUCAGAACGAUUUCUGGCGUCUGGUCGACUCCACGGAGAUUCAUGCAAUCGGUCACUGCGAGAAGAAUGGCGGGAUGCUGCAACCACCGCUCGGAUUUCGGAUGAACGCUUCCAGUUGGCCCGGAUACCUCUGCAAGAUACUCAACAAUGCGAUGGUUGCGCCCGAGGAUAUAUUCCAACCAGAGCCACCCACGCCACCGGUGAAUCUGUACAAAGUGGGCCAGAAGCUGGAAGCCGUGGAUAAGAAGAAUCCCCAACUGAUUUGCUGUGCAACAGUUGAUGCCAUUAAGGACGACCAGAUCCAUGUGACAUUUGAUGGAUGGCGCGGCGCCUUUGAUUACUGGUGUAACUAUCGCUCCCGAGAUAUCUUUCCUGCCGGCUGGUGUGCACGCAGCUGUCAUCCAAUGCAGCCGCCGGGUCACAAGUCGCGCAUGGACUCCGGCUCUGGCAAGCAGCGGUGUCCGCGUCCAAGACACACCUUUGUGGCUGAAUCAGAUGCCAUGGUGCCCGCGUCGCCAGUCACGGCGCACUUUCAUCCCAAUUGCAAGGCCGGACCGUUCAUCAACAGCUCCAAGCUACCUUCUAUGGUGACGGGACAGACGCACGAAACACUCGCCAAGCUUUGCCUGCAAGAAGUCCUGGCCGCCAGCGCGGACACACAGCAGUUGUCCCGGUUGCUCUUUGAGCUGGACGGCGAUGUUCACAUUGUAACCGCAGCUGGAAAGAACUUUACGGUCAAAAUACCGUCGCCACUGCGCAUGAAGGAUGACGAAAGUCUGGCGCAAUUCAUUCGGACACUGUGCAUCACGUGCAAGGCAUGUGUGAAUUUCAUAUCGCUGGUACCGGAGACCGAAGAGUGCAAAAAGUGUGCGCAGAGUCGCAAGCGUCAAUUGAUGCAGACAGCGACGCCGCCCUCCUCGCCAGUGCUCGCCGAGAAGCGCAGUCGUCAGUCGAAAUCCGCCACGCCGACGCCAACAUCGCCCGCGGAGAAACCACUAGUUAUCAAGCAGGAGGCGGGCGUGAAGGCACAGCAGACAAAAGUGCAAACGAAGGCCAGUAAAGAGGAAGUGAACCACAAUAAUAAUAACAAUAACAACAACAACAACAGUAGCAAUAUUGGCAACAGUUCGAAGACAACCAUCAAAACGGAACCGAAUGGCCUCACACCAGUGACAACAGUUGCAUCAACGGGCACGGCACAGACACCGUCGCAGUCGCAAUCUCAGUCUACAAGUCAAAGCCAGGCUCAGGCGUUGCGCAAGGUGCGAUUCCAGCAUCACAACAACAACAAUAACAACAGCCCCAACAAUGGCAAUUGUCCUCAGGAGGCAAGCAACAAUAACAACAACAACAAUUUGGUUUCCUCACCUGCCAGCAGCAACAACAGCACCUCUUCCACCACCUCCUCAUCCAGCAGUAGCAGUAGCCUGGCGGGUGGCACCGCAAAUACCAGUGCAAUUGGUAAAUAUAUGGCGCCACUGGUAGCCGAAGUGCAUCCAGAGCAGAUGAACGCCAAGUCGCCGCAUCCGAGCUAUUACAAGUCUCCGACAACGUUAUCCUCAAGCGCUUCAUUCCCAUCAUCGGUAUCCACCCCCUUCACAGCAUCACAGUCGGCCUGCUCGGCGGCGCCAGCUGCCAGUGCGGCUAAAGCUGCCACUGCGCCAAUUGCGGCUGCUGCAUCCAGUAGCUAUGGUGGAACGGCCAUCACCUCACCCCACAGCACAUCCACAUCUACGGCUACAACAACAGCGUCCUGUUCGCAACUGCGGGCACAACCGAUCGAUUGGUCCAUUGAGGAGGUUAUCCAGUACAUCGAAAGCAAUGACAAUUCCCUAGCCGUGCAUGGCGAUCUCUUCAGAAAGCAUGAAAUCGAUGGUAAAGCUUUACUGUUACUCAACUCAGAGAUGAUGAUGAAAUACAUGGGCCUAAAGCUAGGACCAGCCUUAAAAAUAUGCAAUCUAGUGAAUAAGGUCAACGGAAGACGUAAUAAUCUGGCUUUGUAAAUCAAGAAAGAAACGGAACGUGGCAACGGGGGACAAGAACUGGGACAGGGGACCGAACAAAGAUCAUGCGGCGCCAAUGAGGGGGAAUCCCCCAUGCCGUGCGCAGAAGUGUUAACAAAUUAGUACCUCCUAUAAAAGUAAAAGCAAACAGAACGAUAUGCAUAAAUUUGUAAUGUGUUUGGCAUUAAUGAAGUUAAAACACACAAAUAUUUAAUUUAAAAUUUAAUUUCACAAUAACAUUCUAAUGCGAAUAAUGUCAAACAUGCGCAAAAAAAACAAGAAAAAAACUAACAAACCAAAACAACUUUGAGCAAGAACUUCAAAUUCCAAAAACUCAUAUUCGAAAUAUCAGUUUUUCAUACACGAAAAACGAGCAAAGCAAAAAAAAAAAAAUGAUUACCUUUUAAUGCAUAUGCAUAAUAAUAUUUAUUACAGUCAUACACAUACCUACACAAACACACGCACAUUAUGCAAGACAAAAUUUUAAUUAAUUUGUAUUUAAUUUAAAUUUGAUUGAAAAAUACCCGAUAGAAUAAAAAUGUACAGAUUUUUACAUAUAAUUUUGUAAUUAUGUAUGUAUUGAUUACGUUCUAACUAUUACAAUGUUUGCUUAAUUUUAGCAAUUUAAAUUAAGAGAGAACAAAUCAUUUGUUUAAGCUGCAUAUAAACCCAAUUAAAAAGCAAACAGAUCAGAAAAUCAAAUUAAUGUAAUCCAUAAUUAAUCGAAAGCGCCAAAAGGUGCUUCGAAAAACACACAGAUACACCCAUACACAAACACAUCCAUUUGUGUAAAUUAUACAAAUUUAAAUACACUCUUGUAUGCAAUAUUUCUCAUUACCUUUAUUUCCACAAACUCUCACACAUGUACACAUAAGAUACUUUUACGUACGUAUAGCAAACUGUAUACUUUAUUAUUAAACUUGAAAAAAAAGUUCACUUCGAAAGUUGAUCGUUGCUUUUGUAUACAAUCUACAGCCCGAAAGAUAUAGGCCAUAAUUAUCCAUAUUUAAAGCAUUAGCUGAGUCUAAAACUUCAGAUGCUUGAAUGCUACGAGAGACUGUUUAAUCGAAUGUCGUUUCAGCCCUUUCAGGUCGCCUCCUCUAAUGUCUUUCCAAACCCUAAUUGAUCCCAAAACAAUAUAAACAUACAGAUAUACACUUAAGGACAUACAUACAUACAUACGUCAUCAUAGAUACUCGUAUAAACAUAAUGAAUCAUUAUACGAUUAUACAUACUAUACACAACUUUCGGAUGGACACAGGUAAAAUAUGAACCAUUGCAUAUAAUCAUAAAAUUAGACGAAAUUCAUAAAAGUAUACUUGAAACAAAUACAAUUAAUAACCUCUCGAACUUUUGGCUAAUCUCUAGAUACAAAUAUAGAAAAUUACCAGACAUUUACCAAAUGCAUAAGUGCAAAAAUGAAAAUUAAAACGAGUUAAGCUAAAGCUCCUUGGAAUACAAUUAAUGAGAAUAUGCGAAAAAUUAAGCUAAUUUCUACCAAGCAACCAGAUACACACAUACACACACGCUAGUUAAAAUACAAACACAGGUACACACAAAUUAUUUUAAUAUUAUACUUGUAUACAUUUUGUUUCUCCCUUAAUAUUAAAUAGAUUUAAGUGAAUAGUUAUUUAAUUCAUUUAAUGUUAUGUAUGUAUAGAGAAGAAUGAUGACAUUGUAUCAGACAAUUUAAAUCUGAAUAAAGGAAAAUAUAUGCAU